AUGAUUGGCUCGUUUGGCGCCACAGCGGUGCUCAUCUUCGGAACCAUUGACUCGCCUCUCUCGCAGCCCCGGAAUGUGGUCCUCGGGAGUGCCGUUUCAGCGGUGAUCGGCGCGCUUAUAGCGGAGAUCUUCGCUAUAGGCGGGCUCGCGUUUCCGAAUACGUCGUGGCUGUGGCUACAGUGCGGUCUUGCGGUUUCCUUAUCCAUAGUGGCCAUGCAGCUGCUGCGUAUCGUCCAUCCCCCUGGGGGUGCUUCAGCACUCAUUGCUGUCAUGUCGCCUCCCUCUCUGCGCUGCCACGGCUUCUUUGUGCUCACUCCCGUGCUGCUGGGAGUGUGUAUCAUGCUCACUGUCGCUCUCUUUGUCAACAAUAUCGCCCGACAGUACCUUCUGUACUGGUGGCGGCCAAUCAUCCUCGACAUUCCCGUGCCAGAGGGCUCCACACAUCACUCCCUGUGCUCACUCACCCACCUGUGCCUCUUCCCUGCUCUUUCCCCAUUCCUAUCCUACCCUUUCUCACCAGGUACCCCCUGUACUGGUGGCGGCCAGUCAUCCUCGACAUUCCCGUGCCAGAGGGCUCCACACACCACUCUCUGUGCUCUCUCACCCACCUGUGCCUCUUCCAGUUCACUUACCUUCCAACCAUUCCUCACUCCUUCCCACUCCUUCCACCCCCCCCUCACCAGGUACCCCCUGUACUGGUGGCGGCCAGUCAUCCUGGACAUUCCCGUGCCAGAGGGCUCCACGCACCACUCUGCCGUGACAGCAGGCGAGGCAUACCACACAAUACAGCACCUGCACGCCGUGCACUCCCCCGUGCACCACGCCUCUUCCCAGCUGCCCUCCCAACAGCCCUCUCAACCGCCCUCUCAGCUGCUGCCGCUGUGCCUGCCUUCAAGCGAUGCACAGCGCGUCCACGCCGUACACUCCCCUGUGCAACCCUCCGUGCAACCCCUCGUGCAACCCGCCGUGCAACCCCCCGUGCACCACGGUAUGGGCCAUGCCGCGGGCCAUCGCAAUAGCAACAGCAGCAGCAGCAGCAGCAGCAGCAGCGCUCGAGAGCAUGGCAUUCAUGUGACUGCAGGCGAGGCGUACCACACGAUUCCGCACAUCCACGCCGUGCAUUCCCCCGUGCACCAUGCCAUGCCGCAUCAGCCCCUCGGCCUCCACUCAACCAGUGACGCUGCGACAGCUGGCGGGGUGCUUCACAGAGUAGGGAACACCCAUCCGCUGCCAGCGCUUUCACAGCAUGUCCAUCCGCAGCAAUCAUCGGCGCAUGCGGUGCAGAGCGGUACAGAUGCUGAGGAGGACGGGUCAGCGAGUCGUGUUCAUGGCGGCACGGCGUACAUUCAAGGAGGGCGUGCGAGAGCGGUAACAUGUAACGAUGCUGGUUACGCGUGCACGCAGCAGGGCACGCAGACAGCAACCGCGGCAGAAGCAUUGGCAGCAGAGCUCACCUUUCGUGGCGGGCCGUUCCGCCACGUCAGCAACUCAGCAGUGCGCCACGUCAGCGUUCCCCCGCUGAGUCACCAGCAGCAUCGCGACAAGGACAAACAGCAAGUCGAGCAGCAACCGCAACCUUUUUCGGGCAGGAUUCUCCCUCCUUGUUCGACUCCCGUUUCUCUUACCUUUCCUCCCCUCUCUCCCUGUUUCUCUUCCCGUUUCCUGUUCUCCACCUCACCACUCCUCUCCCUCCCUCCUCCUCUCUCGUUUUUCUUCCAGAAACGCGCUCAGUGGCAUGCAGGCAUCAUAGCGUCGCCCCUCAAUUGCUCCACUCCCGCUCCUGAUGCUCCCAACACUCCUUCCCAUGCACUCACCACCACCACUCGAGCACGCUCCUCCCAUGUCUGCGUCUUUCUGCCCCGGGAUGCCACCUUUGUUUGGUGCUCUCCAGACUCUGUGCUCCACGUGUGGAUCAAGCCCGACCCGCUUGGCCCGUAUGGUAGGCCCGUACUCAGGAAGCUGGUGUCUAUGUGUGAGGGAAGUGGUGGGGAGGAGCGGGAAGCUGUUGGUAGUGGUGGUGGUUCUGCCUUUGGUGGUGGUGGUGGUGGUGGUGCUGCUGCUGCUGCUGCUGCUGCUGCUCGUUUUGGUGGUGCUGUUGGGUUGAAGAAUGCUGGCGUGUCAGCAGGAGAUGCUGCCACGUCAGCUGGGCGAGGGAGGGAGGCCAAUCCGCUUCCUGCUUGGGCGAAGCCGGCUAAGCAAGCAACGGAGGGCAGGGGUAGUGGAGGCGGGGAGGGAAGCGGGCAACGAGGAGAUGACAGUGAGAACGCGGGUGGAGAUGGGGAAGAUGAUGGAGGGAGUGAGGGAGGGAGAGGAAGGAGUGACGGUGUGAGAAAAGGGACGGCGAAUCGAGAAGUGGGAGGGAAUCAGAGAAGGAGUCGAGGUGGUGGUGGUGGUGGUGGUGGUGGUGGGAGUGAGUCAGGCAAGGACGCUGAACAAAUAAAGAGUACGGCUCUUCCUUCUCUCCCUUCCUUCUCUCCCUUCCUUCUCUCCCUUCCUUCUC